AUGUUUUUCAAGAUAUUGUACGUAGUGCUCAUGUUAGCUGUGGUUACCUACGGCGGAUACGGAAACAUAGCUGGCAGCCAUCGCGGUGGUUACAAGGAAUACGGGUAUUAA